UUCUACAUUUACAGCCGUUGAAGGCAUACGCAGACUAAUAUCUCAAUAACAAUUUCUAGAGUUGUACAGUUACAACAAACUAAAAUGCCUUAUAGCAAAACACCACUGCUGAAAGUCCUGAUCUUGGGAGACAGUUCCGUUGGGAAAACAGCCUUGAUGCAUCGAUAUGUUCAAGAAGUCUUUUCUACUACUUAUAAAAACACGGUUGGUGUGGACAUUUCCACUAAGAAUAUUGAAGUAAAUGGUCGCAGGAUCGCAAUGCAGAUUUGGGAUACGGCCGGACAGGAGAGAUUCCAGGCCAUGGGUUCGGCAUUCUACCGCGGAGCUGAUUGCUGUAUCCUCGUCUAUGAUAUAACGAAUCGAAGUUCAUUUAAUAGUCUUAAUUCGUGGCGUGAUGAGUUCUUAAUACAGGCCAACUCACAGGAUCCGCAUAAAUUUCCGUUUAUUGUGCUGGGCAAUAAAGUGGACUUGUCCAGCCACCGGGAAGUCCCAUUGAAAGCAGUUUAUCAGUGGCUCAAUUUGUACGACAUGCCCUACUUUGAGACCUCGGCGAAGGAUGGAAUCAGCGUAAAUCAAGCCUUUGAAGCUGUAGCAAAAAGGGUUCUGGAACUGGAGGAUAAACAAGAGAUUGGCGAUGACUUUACCGAUUCUAUAGUAUUGAAUGAGAAACCCAAGACAAACCCAAGUUCCUCAAAGUGUUCAUGCUCAUAAUUUAACGUAAUACAACUAGUAUUAUAUAGAAUAAAUAAAAUCAAUGGUGACUUAUUAAGUAA